AUGUCCACGUAUGAGAUGCCCCCUGCUUCUCGCCUCACUUACACCCCCACUAACACAUCAUCUCCCAGUCUGGCAGCGGAUAUGUCCUUCGACUUCAUCUUCCCCUCGUGCGAGCCUUCCACGCCGCCGAGCUUCUCCUUCGACUCUUCUCUCCUCGACCUCCCCUACCACCACAACCCAGGCCAUAACCGCUCCCGCUCAAAUGGUUCCGUCUACUCCUUCAUCUCUACCGCAGACUCCACACCGGACUCGGUGAGCACACGUAUGACUACCCCGUCUCGUGCCUCACCCCCGAUCCGCCAACACGGCCCUCUCUUGCUUCCCAAGAUCCGCUCCCAGGACCAAGCCAUCGAGUCGCCUCCCAAGCGCAUGAAGGCAUCGCCGAAGCCCCGCGCCCCGGUUCCCAGACGGGCAACCCCUGUGGCCCCCACCACCAACGCCGUCUUCCGCCCGGCUCACACUCGCAGCUUCACCAACCCGGAGACCCUCAUAUGGAACAUGCCCUCCACCUACUGCAGCCAGCCCGAGGAGCAGACUCCUUCGUCCCUUCUUUGCUCUCCCAUCAUCUUCGCCGAUGACAUGCAAUCUCGCCGCGCAUCAACCUGCAGUCUUGAGGGUGUCGCCCUCGAGAAGUUCGGCUUCCCGACCUACCGUCAGAUGCCCUCAUACGUUCCCUCUCCUGCUCCUCAGCAGCCAUCAGAGGCAUACAUGUUCCCCUCCUACACUCCUCGUGCGCCAUCUCCCCUCAGCCUGUCAGCCGCUGCCACUCCGGACCCGACUCCCAGCACCACUCUCAUGACUUACCUCACCGGAUCUAACCCUGCUCCUUCGCUGGUGCGCACCAUCUCGUUCCCUCUCCGGGAUCCCAACACCAAGCACUUCUGGUGGGACGUUCGCCAAAUCCGUCCCUGGACAACCUUCAACGCCUCCUCCGUCCUCUCUCUCCCUGGUGCCGCCGCCCUUCUCAACUGCCCCGUCCCGGCACCUCUCCUCCCCAACCCGGCCCCGACUGCCCGCCACCCAGAGACCGAAGCCGCUCUUCACAGCAUAUACGCCUCCCACUACCUCCCCAAGCUCAAUGCUGCGCUCGCCAUCUCUUCCCACAGACCCAUGCAGCUCUCUGCUCCCGCUCCCUCCGCCACCGCCAAGCAGCCCGAGCUGCUCUUCACCGCCUCUCCCGCCGGCGAGCCCGCCUCCGCUGCCACCAUCUUUGGCGGCAAGCCUACCGCCCGCGUCGUCGGCCUCGUCCGCUCCUUUGACCGCUUCAACACCGGCAUGCGCGUCGAGGGCAACAUCAAGCGCGUAGAGUACCUCCGUGGCCUCGCCGCCCUGCACCACGCCAUGCGCGAGCACUCAUGCCGCUACGGCUUCAUCCUCACAGAGAUUGAGCUCGUCAUCGUCCGCAACGGUAGCGAAUCCGUCCCCCACUUUGGUCACCUUGAAGUUACCUCGGUUCAGCUUGCCGCCGUCGCUGACGAUGCCGACUGCGAGGUCGGCGAGAUCCCGCUGACUGCCUGCCUUGCGCUCUGGGGCCUCUGCAUGAUGGCUGGCGACGAUGCGCCUCAGCAGCAGGGCCGCAGUGCCGUGGCGCACUGGAAGACGGAGAUUGGCGCGCCUGCUGAGGGUACCCGACGCAAGGCGCUGCCUAGGGAUGAUUGGAUGCCCAAGCCGCAGUUGGCCGAGAAGCGUGAGGCCAAGAGGGCUAGAGGCUGGGUCAUGCCCGAGGACCCCGUCGGCAGGAAGGAAUUGGGCAAGCGCGGUGUGCGGUACGGUGCUUGCUAA